CCGGUUCAUCUCUCUCUCUCUCUCUCUCCCUCUCUCUCUCUCCUCACGGGACUCCCGAGCGCGCGAGCUCCCGCGGCGGGAGGGAGGAUGGACAAGAACGCGGCGGCGGCGGACGACAUCGAGCGCUGCGAGUACGAGCAGGAGCACGAGCGGAAAGGGACGGUAUGGACGGCGACGGCGCACAUUGUGACGGCGGUGAUCGGCUCCGGCGUGCUGGCGCUGGCCUGGAGCGUGGCGCAGCUGGGCUGGGUGGCGGGGCCCCUCGCGCUCGCCGGCUUCGCGUGCGUCACCUACUACACCUCCACGCUGCUCGCCAACGCCUACCGCGCGCCCCACCCCGCCACCGGCGCCAGGAACCGCACCUACAUGGAUGCCGUCAGAUCAUACCUCAGUCCCAGAGAGGUGUUCAUGUGCGGAAUCGCUCAGUACGUGAACCUGUGGGGCACCAUGGUGGGAUACACCAUCACUGCAACCAUAAGCAUGGUUGCGAUUGGGCAGUCGGACUGCUUCCACCGGAACGGCCACGGCGCGCACUGUGACGUGUCAGGGACAGUGCUCAUGCUGGUGUUCAGCGUAGUUCAGGUGGUGUUGUCCCAGUUCCCCAGCCUGGAGCACAUCACUUGGAUGUCCGUCGUCGCGGCAGUCAUGUCGUUCGCCUACUCCUUCAUCGGGCUUGGGCUCUCGGUGGGGCAGUGGGUGUCUCACGGCGGUAGUCUCGGAGGGAGGAUUCAAGGUGCUGCAGCAGUGUCCUCAACCAAGAAGCUGUGGAACGUGCUUCUUGCCCUGGGAAACAUUGCCUUUGCUUACACUUUUGCAGAAGUGUUGAUUGAGAUCCAGGAUACUCUGAAGUCACCACCACCGGAGAACAAGACCAUGAAGAAGGCAGCAAUGUGUGGAAUUGGAGCCACCACCAUCUUUUACAUCUCUAUUGGCUGUGCUGGAUAUGCUGCAUUUGGUUCAAAUGCUCCUGGCAACAUCUUGACCGCGGCCGGGUUAGGGCCCUUCUGGCUUGUUGACAUUGCUAACAUGUGCCUCAUCCUCCACCUAGUCGGAGCAUACCAGGUUUAUGCGCAGCCUAUAUUUGCUUCAGUUGAGAGGUGGGCUGCCUCCCGGUGGCCGGAAGCCAAGUUCAUCAACAGUGCUUACACUGUCAGCAUCCCCCUCAUAGAGCGAGGUUCGGUGACCGUUGCGCCAUACAAGCUCGUCUUAAGGGCCGUCAUAGUUGUCGCGACAACUGUAGUGGCGAUGAUGAUACCGUUCUUCAACGCAGUGCUGGGGCUCCUCGGCGCAUUCAGCUUCUGGCCACUGACAGUUUACUUCCCCAUAAGCAUGCACAUUGCCCAGGAGAAGAUCAACAAGGGGACAAAGUGGUAUCUUCUGCAGGGUUUGAGCAUGGUUUGUUUGCUGAUUUCAGUGGCAGUAGGUAUAGGCUCUGUGACUGACAUUGUAGAUAGUCUGAAGGUCGCCACCCCUUUCAAAACUGUCAGCUAGAGGUUAGUCAUGGGGGGUGGAGUUAGAAAUCGAACAUGGGCCAACUCGUCAAUGUUGACAAUAAUUAUCAGAUAAGAAGUGUAACAUGAUAGUAUAUAUGCACAUGUACUGAUUAACUAGAGUAUAGAUAAUAAGUAUAACAGCAUAUGUUUUAGAACUUUCA